AUGGAUUACACACACAUGGUCAGUAACGAAAUAGAACGUGCUGAGAAAUUUCGAAAAAUCUUUCAAAAUUCGAAAAAUUUCAAUUCGCAUGUUGUGUCGAGUGCCAGUAAGAAUAACCUGCUUCUUGUAGAAACUUCAGAAAUUGAAACGUAUCUUAGUGAGGACAAUGAAAAGCAUGUGCCAUCGGUUUCAUCUCAUCUCGACUUUGAUGGUGAAAACAAUGUGGCACCAGUCAGUUUUAUCGUAGCAAAUGAUUCAAUUCAGUUUUUAGAGAGAGAAAAAUUUGACACAGAAUAUGUACAGGUUUCAAAAGAUAAUGGAUCCACACAAAAUUCAACUGGAUCUGAAGUAUCUUCAACACACAAAGUUCAUCCUAAAGGAUACAUUGAACAUUCAAUGGAUAAUGAUAAUCCAGCUGAACCUUUUUUACUGCCAACUGAUGAUGCUGGUUCUUUGUGGAUUACCAAAGAUAAUAAUCGUGAUACGGAUUCUGUACAAUCUUCAACAGGUUAUGAUUCAAGGUCUGUUCCAUCUACCAAAGAUAAUGAGUUUCUAACUGGGUCUGUGCAUCUGACAGCAUAUGAUAAUUGUUUACCGAGUUCUGUUCAGCCUUCAACAGAUAAUGAUUGUCUAACUGGGUCUGUUCCGCCUUCAGCGGAAGAUGAUUGUCAGACUGGACUGCCUGUUCAGCCUAUUACAGAUAAUGAUUGUCAAACUGGUAUGCCUGUUCAGCCUUCAACAGAAAAUGAUUAUAAAACUGGGUCUUCUCAGGUUGCAACAGAUAAUGAUUGUCUAACUGGGUCUGUUCCGCCUUCAGCGGGAGAUGAUUGUCAAACCGAACUAACUGUUCAGCCUAUUACAGAUAAUGAUUGUAAAACUGGUAUGCCUGUUCAGUCUUCAACAGAAAAUGAUUAUCAAACUGGGUCUUUUCAGCUUGCAACAGAUAAUGAUUGUCUAACUCUGCCUACACCAGAUUUUCUAAUUGGGUCUCUUCAACCAACAACAGAUAAUGAUUGUCUAACUGGGUUUGUUCAUCCUUCAACAGAUAAAAACUGUUUAUCUGGAACUCCUUUUCAGCCUACAGCAGAUUAUGGUCCGUCAAAAGCCAUUACCCCCUUUGGAUCUGCGCAAUCUUUGGAUAGGAAAGGAGAUUUAUAUAAAGGACCACGGUCUAUGACGCAUGAUAAUAAGAAUCCGUCUGAAUCGCCACCAGAUAUCUCCGAUGAUGACAUUAUGUAUAAAUUGGUAUGGAUGAGUUCUGAUUUGAGUAGUUUUCAAGAUGCUGUCCCCGUUACUACACCAACACAAAAACUUUUACGCUCAUUGCGUUUCACUAGCUCUCUGGAAUCUGUACCAGAGGACAAAUGCGAAGACGUAGUCGAAUCUUGUGAGAAAAGACACGGAAGACUGAAUAAAUUAUUGACUUUUGAAUCAAAAUUCUUUGACGAGAGCUAUACUUCUAUGGAGUUGGAAAUUGUGUUAGACUCGGAUUUCGGUGACUUAUCACCGGAAACACCACCUGGUUCUUUGGAAGCCGAGAGAAGAACUUGUUUAACUAACCACGAAGGAUUUGUUUCAGCAGUCUCAAAUAGAAAUUCCCUUGAACAAAACAUUCACAAGGAAGAUAAUGACGGUCAUGUUUGUGUGGAAAGUGACGAUGAAUUUGUGGUAAUAGAGAUGCCAGAGAAUAAAAUUCCUGAUAGUGAUAGUGGAAUUUUCUCAGAUAUAUCGGAGGUACACAGUGAUCGAGCUAGUACAGAAGAUCCAGAGUCCAGCAUCAACAGCACAUUACAACCGACGGAUAAUGGAAAGAAUGAGAUUAAGAAAACUACCAAGAGCACUAGAAUGUAUCGAGUAAGAAAUCUUUAUAUAUUCUAUUAG